GCGCGGUCAUGGUCACGUCACCUGCGUCAUCUAAACCUGCAGAACAGCUGAUCGUGACGUCACUCAUCAACAUGGCGGACUGGAAUAGAGGUCAUGACUCUGUGGACGACAUGCUGGACACUGAAAACAAGCGCCUGACUGAUAACCUCGCCAGCAAAGUGUCCAGACUGAAAUCUCUGGCGUAUGACAUCGACCGAGAGGCUGAAGAUCAGAACGAGUAUCUGGACGGCAUGGACUCAAACUUCCUGAGUGCGACGGGGCUGCUGAGCGGCAGCGUGAAGCGUUUCUCCACCAUGGUUCGCUCCGGCAGAGACAACCGGCGCAUCCUCUGCUACGUCUCCGGGGGCCUGGUGCUCGCCUUCUUCAUCCUCUACUACAUGAUCUCCAGGAUCCAGCGCUGACGGGGGGGGGAACCCCACCAUCAGACAGGAGCUGAGACUAAAAACUCAUAUCUGAAAAUACUUUUUAUUCUGCACCAAAGUGAGAAAAAAGACAAACAGGAAGUGGACGUUUCUGUUGAAUCGUUGGCGGUUGUCAAAAUGCUCAGCAGGGGAAACGUGGAUGGUACUGUCUGGUAGGAAGAUACUGGAGUUAAUUAAAAGUAACAUGAUUGGACUAAAGGUGGCUUUUCAACUGUACCUGAAGUCCUUAUAUGGGCGCGGUCAUGCCAAAGACACUGGAAACAAUUAAAAGAAACAUGAUUGGACUGAUUGGGGCUUUUAAACUUUACCCUUCUCCCUUCCUGCUGUACUCAAGAAGUCCUUAUAUGGGCAAUGGAAUGGUGGAGCCUGAAUGCAGCUCUGUGAUAGGCUGAUGAACCUGUCAAUCAUGACCAACUUGCCGCGAAGAGUCUCACCUCCAGAAUACAAGAAAUAAUUGGACGCACGUUUUGGGUUGUAGCGAGUGUGUUCAAACUGCACAAGUUCUAAUAUGUUUACAAACUUAUAUAAAAAAGUACAGAGAAUUGAAGACUAAAAACUUAAAGAAGCAGCAAAAGAAAAUGUGAUUUUGGUGGUGAGACAUAAACAGAAAGGUUAUGGGGGAACAUUUAUUAAAUGUCUGGAAAACAUUGUGCUUUUCUUGGUAAACGUUACAUUAUUCCAAGUUUUAUGGACGUUGGCAUGAAUUUCUUGUCAAAACAAAACAAUGAUUUUUAAAGAUGUUUUCGAUCAAACAGCUGAAAAACAUUUCAUGAUAAUUGAUAUUUAAUUGUAUCGAGGGAGGAAUAGAGACACAGCGUCUGGGGAGAACAGGAAGUGACACCGCCAUCUUUGUUUUUUGCUGAUCUCUAAAUCACAAGGCGAUGAUGUAAUGUCUUGAAGGACUGUCAAUCAACUGUGAGUAGAUAACUAUAAGGAAACACUUACUACAUGUUAAGAACUGCAAAAAAAAAAAUUCGGCAACUAUUUUCUUCUUUAACUCUUAAUGUACAUUAAUCCAAAGAUGGCAACAAACAAAAAAGCAUAUUUUAACCCCUAAUUAGACGCUUUUCUCUAUUUUAAAUCCAAUUAAAGUGAAUAUUGUUCAGGUUGGGACUGGCCAAACAACUAAAAACAACAACUUGGACUCUUGGGAAAACUGUGGUGGACAACUUAUCCUGUGUUCAACAAUGUAUAUAAUCAUUAACAUUUUCAUACAUACUGGUCUAUUUUUUUUUAACAAACCUUUAAACAUCAAUGUUUUCUGUUGCAGUUUUAAGCUUUGUCUGUGUUGGCGGUAACGGUUUCCAUAUUUUCAUUAAUAUUACAUUUUGGGCGAUGUUCUGUUAAACGUUUAUUGGAUGUUUUGUCAAAUGAUACACAUUUUGUCUAGAGGACAUUGAAUGUGUUUUCAUUCCAGCGGUCUGCACAGACGACAUUAUGAAUACACCUGCAAUAAAUGUAUUUGUUUAGUUACUUA